CAUUUACCCAGUCGUUGAUCGUUGUCGGUGUAUCGAGUGCGCCAAUUGACUUAGAAUUGGGAGUCAAAUGUAAACAUCAAAUAUAAUUGUUCUAUUGAAAACACUUAAUACAAACUUGGUUGAUAACAUAAGCAACAACUGCAUGAGGAAAUUUUGUUUAUAAACUGAAAGGACAUUCAAAAACUUUUACCUAAACUACAAAACGCCUAGUGAACAAAGUGUGAUCGAAUUAAUCAAAUCCGUUGUGAUAGCGUUUCGUGCGCUCGUACGCGCAUAAAUUUAUGUGACAGGGAAUUUUCUGAACGUCUGCAAGUCUAAUCGUUUAAAUACUAUACAUAAAUAUAAAAUAAAUAAACAAAACUCUUAAAGAAAUUGAAUUUUCGGAAUAUUUUCUUCUGCUUAAAUAUUGUGUGCGCGGAACCAUGAUUUAUUGUUUCCCCCUCCCUUUGACGUAUCAGAACAUUUAGAAUAGUCCGAUACGCGGUAAUAACGCGUGAAAAGCAAGAAUAGCAAACAAAUAAGAAAUACGAAAGCAAAACAAAUCGCGCUGACCACGAAAUUUACAAAAGCUCAGCCGUCAAAUAAAUAAAUAAAUAAAUAAAUAAGUACAUAAAUACAAAUAAAUACGAAAAUGGAAAUACAGAAUUUGCAUGACCAAGCGAUGUUGGGCAAUAAACGGGAUUUCGCAAAAAAAGAUGCGAUAAUCCUUGAGGCUCGGUACACGUUGUCCGAUCUUUAUCCCAUACGGAGAUUGACACAAAGAAUGGACAAUGUACUAAACGUAACCGGUGUAGCACAGCCCAAAUCUGCAGCCUCUGCCGCCUGUCCCUACGUGGUGGAGCCCAUUACUGAGAAGGACAAUGAGGCCAUAUUGUCCAUGUUACGGAGAUUUUUCUUCAAGGAUGAGCCGCUGAAUAACUUUUUAAAUUUGGGCGACUGUAAAGAGUUGGAAGAAUAUACUUUGAAGUGCGUCAAGGAUAACUGCUCCUUUAAGGCCGUGCAUAACAAUGGUGACUUGAUUGGAAUUUUUCUCAAUGGACUUUUAAAAAGACCCUCACCAGAUGCAGUGCCAACGGAAAAAGCGUCGGAUUCAUGCCAACACCAAAAAUUCAAGAAGAUUUUGUCACUUUUUGACAGAAUUGAGGAAAAAUUCAAUAUUUUCGAUUUAUACCCAGACACCGAUGUCAUACUUGACGGUAAAAUUCUUUCAGUCAAUUCCGACUAUCGUGGACUGGGCAUAGCUGGACGUCUGACCGAACGCACGCUAGACUACAUGAAGGAGCAUAACAUUCCGCUGAUGCAUGUGCUUUGUUCUAGCCAUUAUUCGGCUCGUGUUAUGGAAAAACUGGGUUUCCAUGAAGUGUAUAGACUCAAUUAUUCCGACUACAAAGUCAAUGAUGAAGUGGUGUUCACCCCAGCAGAGCCCCAUGUGGCCGCACGUAUUUUAGUGAAGGAGCUCGCCGAAGUCAAUCCCAAAAGUACACUAUAAAUAUCGCAGAGAUUGAUUGAUGCCGACUUAUUACUAUGUCAAUUGGUUGUAAAAUGAGAAGAGUGAAUGUUAUUUAGUUAUUAAAAUUAACACUUUGGUGAGGGUAAAUGCAAUUCAAUUAGAAAGUACAAUAAUAAUAUUUAAUAGUAUUUAACUAACAACAAACAUCUUGAACGCAAAAUGGAACCGAAUGGAAUGGAAAAACUGGAUCUCUAUGGCAGUUUUAAUGAAUUCUAUAUUCCAUUUAAUCUGUGAAAACCAGAAAAUUACUGUAGGAACUGCUUGUAAUUGAGUAAAUUUGUAGAAAUUAUUGGUUAAGUUGUUACCUCUGUAUUUGUACAAUUGUGUGUACGCAUGUACAUAUGUAUAUGUAUGCAUAUAGAUUAUGUAUUUCUUAUUUAGAUAUAAAUAAAUACUUAAUUCAUCCGAUUCCUAGUGAAUUUACAAUGUACAAUUUAUUUAGAGUAUGUAUACAUGCAUAUGUAUGUAUGGAUGCUUAUAAAAAAAUUAAAUAUUUCUAUUAAAAUAUGACAAAAAAACAUUUGUGUUUGCAAAACAUUGCCAAGUUCUGUACGAAAAAUAUCCAAUUUUAACAUACAUACAUAUAAAUGUAAGCAAUAACAUUAUUAUAUACACAAUUAUUUACAAUUUUUUAUGUAUCUUAAAUGCCAUGUACAUUCAAUUAUUUACUCUCAAGCAUAUUACAAAAUAUGCACAUCUGUAUGUACAUACUUAAAAACCAAAUGCCUGUAAUAAAACGCAAAAUGGAGAAUUUA